AUGAGAGAAGAAGACGAAUUAGAAGGUGAGUUUUUGAACUUUUCUGCCACGUCAUCGCCCAAUUAGCACUAAUGAACCGGUAUUAUUAUUUGUAUAUUGCCUUGCGAGAAGCUAUAUGAGCUUUAUAGUCUUUUUGCUAAGAAAAGUCGCCAAAACAGGCGAAAGACAAACAAAAAUACUGUCAUGGCAUACGACGACGCGGAAGGCGGAAGCUGAUUGACUAAACCCACGAUUGAAAAGAAAAUAUUUAUUUUAUUAUUAUUAGUUUCGUUGUGAAUAAUCAAUUUGCACUUUAUGAUCUACUCAAUUCAAUUUAUGGAAUUUGAUUAGUUUUUUUAAAUUUAAAUUUAAAAAUUUUAAUUUUUCACCUAGACAAAAAAUUCCCCUCCAAAUUCAUCAUUAAUGUUUGAAAUUUUCUCAAAAUAGCAUUUUUUUCGUCAAUACAAUCGGAAGUCCUCAAAAAAAAAAAGUUUUAAAUAUCCAUUUGGAAUUCCUGAUUUUGGAUCUUACUGAAAUUUUAAAAUAUUAGAAAAUCAUUUUCAAAAAUGUGGGUUUCAUUUUCAAGUUAAAUUCAAAGGAUUUUUAAAAUUCUAGAUUCCAAGUUCAAAGCUACACUGUUUUGAGACAAUAUUUCAGUAAUCCCAGACCCUAUUCUAAACUAAUUCUUUCCAUCGAAACAUGUUGUUGUUUUUUCAGCCGGAUUAUGUUUUCAAUCUGUCGAAAAGAUUUUUGAACUUUACCUCAUUUCAGCCGAAAAGGUUUUUUUCAAAGACAUUCAUUUUCCCCUAUAAUUUUCAGUCAAAUAAUAGUAUUUACAUCGCAAAAAAAUAAAACUAAUCCGCUUCCUUGUCUCGUCUAAACAAAAAUGUUUAUUUUAUUUUCAAUUAGGCAUUUUCCAAAACUUCAAAAUUUUACGAAAAAAAAAGAACAGCUGUUAAUUUGACCUGGUCUUCUCAAUUCAUUUUUUUCGAAAAAAAAUUAUUAAAAGCCUUUUCUCAUCAAAGUCAGAAAUUUUUUCUAAUUCUCAAAAAAUGUAUUUUCCAAACAAAAAAAAAGUUUCAACCGUGUUCGUGAAAGAUCACUUAUCUGUCUGUUUUUGUUUGCAAAACUCUCCAAAAUGCGUGAAAUCUAUAUAGAACCGUUUGUUUUUGAAACACAACAGAUAAAUAAAUAAGUAUACAAUUUUUAUUCUUGCCAAUUUUUUUGCGAAAUGAAAUAUUUUAGUAGGAAGACUACUGUAGUUCUAUUUUAAAGCACUACUGUUUUUGAUAUAAAUCAUUGAAUCUCAAAACCAAUCCUCUUUUUUUCAAACCACCUGACACUUUUAGCAAAAUAAUAAACUUUUAAUGGAUCUCGGUCAUUUCCUGUCAAUGAGAAUGUUCUAUAAAAAAUAAGAAACCAAUUCGAUUUUUCUAUCCAUAUUUUAUUUGAAAAUUAUCAUUUGUUAUUUGCAUACAAAUGAAAUGUUUACAGUUUGGAUUAAAUAUUUCUUCUGUUUCUUUUUGAAGGAUUGUUUCCUAAUUCGACUGCCGACGGUUUUUGCUAAAAUUAGUCAAAAAAGGAGAGGAAUUUUCAUUUCAAACAAGAUUUUUGUGUAUUUAUCUUUGAAAUUUAUCUCUUUUGGAUAUUGUUGUAAUAGUUGAUAUUUUCGAAAAAUAAGUUGAAUUUCCAAUUUUCUUUUUUUUUUUGAGGGGGACGGAGUAUACUCAAUAUGUAUUAGUACAUAUUGAGAUCUCAAUUUAAUUUCAUUAAUACAUGUGAUCAAGGGUCCUCCAUUCACAUUAACUUCGAAAUUUCCGGAAAUAAUUCAUUUUCCCUAGAUGUUCAUAAAUUUCUAAAAUCUAAAAGGUUCCUUUUUUUCCGCAACCUAAUUUUUGUCAGUGCAUUAUUUAUUGUUUCCUAUUUUUUUAGAAAUGUAUAACGAUAAAUCAGGAGGUGGAAAUGCAGAAAGAACAACUUUUGAAACAAGAAAUCGAAAAAAGAGGAUAGCUUAUGGAGCAGCAAUUAUUCUUAUGGGUAUUGUAUGCCUAUUCUUUAGUGAGUCCUUAAAUUUUCAAAUUUUCUCACAUCAAUAUUUUUUCAGUUGGAUUAAUUGUUUGGGGAAGUUUUCAUCUUUAUCGUCAUUAUGUUACUGAUGUUCAUGAUAAACGAGAAAGUGAUGAAUAUUUGAGAAAACUUGUUCGACAAGUUAAUGAUUCUCCUGAUUCUACGUGGAAAGCCAAGUUCAAUAAAUUCGGUGUCAAAAAUCGCAGCUAUGGUUUUACUUAUACACGAAAUCAAACAGCUGUGGAGGAAUAUGUGGAACAUAUUCGGAAAUUUUUUGAAUCCGAAGCGAUGAAAAGACAUUUAUCGUAAGUGUUUCAUAUUGUGUUAUUUCAUUUUAUUCUUCAAUUUAUUAUUGUUAACUUCAGUGAAAUUGAAAACUUCAAAGACAGUGAAAUACCAAGUUCAUUUGAUGCUAGAAUAAAAUGGCCAAAUUGUCCAACAAUUUCAAAUGUUCCAAAUCAAGGUGGAUGUGGAAGUUGUUUUGUAAGUUUUUUUUUAAAUUAUUUCAAAAACAUCUUUUAUGUUCAUUUUUAGGCCGUUGCAGCUGCUGGUGUUGCUUCAGAUCGUGCUUGUAUUCAUUCAAAUGGAACAUUCAAAUCAUUAUUAUCAGUCGAAGAUAUAAUUGGUUGUUGUCCAGUUUGUGGAAAUUGUUAUGGAGGAGAUCCAUUGAAAGCAUUGACUUAUUGGGUGAAUCAAGGAUUGGUUACUGGUAUGCUAAAUAACUUGGAGUUUUUAAAAGUUUUCACAAUCUUUAAGGCGGUCGUGAUGGUUGUCGUCCAUAUUCAUUUGAUCUUUCUUGUGGUGUCCCAUGCUCUCCAGCUACUUUCAAAGAAGCUGAAGAUAAAAGAACUUGUAUGCGAAGAUGUCAGAAUAUCUAUUAUCAAAAUAGAUAUGAGGAGGAUAAACAUUUUGGUAUUAAAUCAAUUCCAGAUUUUCAUUUAAUUAUUUUCAAAUUUCUCUUCCAGCCUCAUUUGCAUAUUCAAUGUAUCCUCGUUCAAUGACAGUUUCAGCAGAUGGAAAAGAACGUGUAAAAGUUCCAACUGUUGUUGGACAUUUUAAUGAAAAAACUGGAAAAACUUUGAAUACAACGGAAUAUAGAAAUAUUAUCAAGAAGGAAAUUUUAUUGUACGGUCCAACAACAAUGGCUUUUCCAGUUCCUGAAGAAUUUCUGCAUUAUUCAAGCGGUUCGUUUUUUUUUUUUUGAAAAAAAAGAAAAUAAAUAAUUCGAAUAAUAUUUCAAUUUUUAAAGGUGUUUUCCGACCACAUCCACUUGAUGGAUUUGAUGAUCGAAUUGUUUAUUGGCACGUUGUUAGACUAAUUGGUUGGGGAGAAUCAGAUGAUGGAAAACAUUAUUGGUUAGCGGUUAAUAGUUUUGGUGCACAUUGGGGAGAUAAUGGUAAGCUUGUUUUUUUUAAAAAUUAAUAUACCAAUUGAAAUUUUUCAGGAUUAUUUAAAAUUAACACAGACGACAUGGAAAAAUACGGUCUGGAAUAUGAAACAGCAGUUGUUUAG